AGGCUGCAGGCUGAGUUAUACGGGGAACUCCGAGAAUCACUCAUGUAUUAUAAGGGAUCAUGUACCCCCUACUGUAUUUGUAAGGAUAUCCAUGGGUCCACAAACUUUAUGAUUAUAUAAGAAUUAGUGAUGUGUGGGUCGUUGAUGUCACAAGCGGGAGGGGAGAACAGGCAGAAGAGCUCAACCCACGAACCGCAAAUAGAGUGCUGAGAUUGGCCCAACCCGCGGGUAUCGGGUGGUCCCGCACAUCACUAAUAAGAAUGAUAAUGUUCUACACAGCAGUCUCUACAGCCCAUAGGCUUCUCUAUACAAAUAAAGAUAAAAGGAGCCAAUCUCCCUCCCAAAUUCAGAGGGAAUUAUUGGAUACAAAGUACAUGGACAGACAGGAGAACAGAUGCCCGUUAUACGGAUAUUUAGAGAAAUGGUAGACGGGGGGGAGAGGAGGAAUAAAGGUAUCUCUGAGCCUGUUUUCUAUUGAGCACAGAAACUAACGCCGAUGCCACCUGAUCCCACCUGGGUUUCCGGUUUCCUUUGCCUUGAGCUCAGGUGGAGAGAAAAGCAGGAUCAGGUGGACGGGAAAGUAACUUUAUCCGGAAGGUUUCCAGCAAUAAACACGGCCGGGAGUGAAGCGAGGGGUUUAUAAGUCUCCUUUGGGGUUUAUUAUAUUAGAGUCAAUAUUGGAGCAAGAGGAACGUGAUUGUGAAGCCUCGGUAUCAUGCCGGUGGCACCUUGCAGGCUCCGUACCCACCAGUGGUGCUUCAUCCUUUUUAACUUUGUGCUGUUCCACGCCUUGCUCUUCGGGGCAGACUUCAUGGAGGAAUACUUGAUGCAGUCUGUACCUGUGUCUUACACAGAAGGAAGGUUCCUUGAGAUCAGGGAACAAGCGAAGAACCUGAACAUGCAACCUCUGAAGAACAAUAUCUCCGAGUCCUAUGUAAUUAGGGAGGAAGGCCUUUGUUCUGGUCGGGACGUCUUUCUGCUGAUGGUUGUUUUCAGCAGCCCAGAAAACAAGACGAGGAGGGAGAAGAUCCGUUAUACUUGGGGUAACAUGACCAAUUACAAAGACCUCGUGGUGGUACGUGUGUUUGCCUUGGGAAGGCCACUCUCAGAAGAAACUCAAUCGGAGCUCCUCAAUGAAUCACAGGUCCAUAAGGAUAUAGUGGAAGCAUGCUUCUUGGAUGCCUAUGAAAACAGAACACUAAAGGUCAUCAUGUCCAUGGAGUGGAUUGUGACCUUCUGCCCCAACGCGAGAUUCAUUCUUAAAGUCGACCAAGAGGCGUUUGUGAACAUGGAAAGCCUAAUUGAUUAUCUGAGAUACAUGCUGACCUCCGAGACACGUUCUGAAGAUGUGUACGUCGGAAGAGUCAUCCACCAGGGCGUUCCGGAAAGAGAAUCAAGGAGUCCUGAUUUUGUCCCCAUAUCAUCCUAUCCAGAUGCCCUUUACCCCGAUUACUGCAGUGGGACUGCCUUGGUUUUUUCUCAGGAUGUAGCAAGGAAGGUUUAUCUGGUCUCCAAAGAGGUCACCACGCUACUGCCGCCAGAUGUCUUCCUUGGGAUCUGUGCUCGGAAAGCAGGGGUCGUUCCCGUUCACAGCUCCCGAUUCUCCGGCCCUAAACACAUCAUGUAUGACAGAUGUUGUUACAAGUUCAUCUUCUCUUCUUCCUCGGUGGGAGAAGAGGAACUCUCUUUCCUCUGGAAGGACAUGAGCAACAGCAAGGAGUGCUCUGUCCUUGAAACGUACUACGGCCUGGUGUCCUGUAAAGUCAAGACUUAUCUGGGUGAAUUCAAGUACUUUAAUGGAGGUAAAAUAAAGAAAGGGGAGCCAGACUUUUAAUACGAUGUUUACUUUGGAAACUAGACGUGAUGGGUCUUCUGGAAAGGCCGUGAGGAGCCAAUGAAGGAAGCGGCAGAUACUUAAUCUCCAUUUCUAGUUGACUUGCAGCCCAGACAGCUCGGUAAUGAUGGCUCUACUCGACUUGCCGUACUCAAGCCAAGAAAAGCUGGCCUGGUAGUAGAUAAAUCAGAAAUAGAGUUUCCUGUUCCUGCAGUGAAUUUUGUGUGGUUUGUAUUUAAAAGAAGUGCUUUUCAUAUAAUGGGUCAAUAACUCGUACCCUCUGAUUCUCCAGGUUGUAAUAAGAGUAAUAAAAGAAAUAUUGGUUUUAUUUGCUUGUGUUCUGUUAACAAUAUUAGUAACGGUGUUCUACUCAGUGGGGCUCUUCCGCUACAAAUGGUAGACAGGAAGCAUAUAUCCGUCUUCUAUAUUAGUUUAACAUCACUAUUAAAUACAAAUAUACAGAGAAGGAA